GAACAAUCAAAACGGAUGACUUGAAAAUUUAUGUCAAAACAGUGAUUUUUAAAUAAGAAUUAUAGAAAAAAUAUGCAUUGAAAUACAGAUACCGUAAUAUUUAGAGCAUUACAAAACAUACUACACUUCUUGGAGACUAUAAUUUUAAUAAUAUGGAAGUAAAACAAGAAUUUAGUGAGGAGACAUGUAAAGUAGAAAUAGAGUAUAAUGACUUAGAUGAUGCUCUUCUGGACGGCUUCAAAUGUGAAAUUAAACAGGAAUCCAAUACACAGAGUACAUGUGACACAUAUGAUUGUAUAGACUUGAAGGAAUAUUCUACACAUACUGAAAUAUACCAAGGUAUAAAUAAACUGAACCCAUCUGAAGAAAACCAAAAAACUGAAAAAGGUUUUGCUCAAGAGGAGAACAAUACGAAAAUUAUGGAAACAUUUUGUGAACAUUCAUCCCAUAAAGAACACUGUUGGAGUCAGCAGGCUGAGGAAAAAACUGUACAUCAAAAUAUAACAACUCAGACUGGAAAAGGAACUUACAGUUGUGAAAUUUGUUCUAAGCAGUUUUCUAGAACGCAUUGUAUGAAAAAACAUUUGAGAGUGCACACUGGAGAAAAACCUUACAAGUGUGAAAUUUGUUUUAAGCAGUUUAGUUAUCAACAAUAUUUGAAACAACAUCUGAGAGUGCACACUGGAGAAAAACCUUACAAGUGUGACAUUUGUUUUAAGCAGGUUAGUCAAGCAAGUGAUUUGAAAAAACAUUUGAGAGUGCACACUGGAGAAAAACCUUACAAGUGUGAAAUUUGUUUUAAGCAGUUUAGUGAAGCAGGUUCUUUGAAAACACAUUUGAGAAUGCACACUGGAGAAAAACCUUACAAGUGUGAAAUUUGUUUUAAGCAGUUUAGGGAAACAAGUCAUUUAAAAGCACAUUUGAGAGUGCACACUGGAGAAAAACCUCACAAGUGUGAAAUUUGUUUUAAGCAGUUUAGUUGUCGACAACAUUUGAAACAACAUUUGAUAGUGCACAAUGGAGAAAAACUUCACAAGUGUGAAAUUUGUUUUAAGCAGGUUAGUCAAGCAGGUGAUUUGAAAAAACAUUUGAGAGUGCACACUGGAGAAAAACCUCACAAGUGUGAAAUUUGUUUUAAGCAGUUUAGUCAAGCAGGUUCUUUGAAAACACAUUUGAGAGUGCACACUGGAGAAAAACCUUACAAGUGUGAAAUUUGUUUUAAGCAGUUUAGUUCUCGACAACAUUUGAAACGACAUUUGAGAGUGCACACUGGAGAAAAACCUCACAAGUGUGAAAUUUGUUUUAAGCAGUUUAGUCAAGCAGGUUCUUUGAAAACACAUUUGAGAGUGCACACUGGAGAAAAACCUUACAAGUGUGAAAUUUGUUUUAAGCAGUUUAGUUCUCGACAAAAUUUGAAACGACAUUUGAGAGUGCACACUGGAGAAAAACAUCACAAGUGUGAAAUUUGUUUUAAGCAAUGUAGUCAAGCAAGUAAUUUAAAAAAACAUAUGAGAGUGCACUAGUGUUACUUACUUUACUUUACUUAAUCAGUAGACCCAUUUAUACCUUUCGGUGUUGGGCCAUUUAUAAUACAAUUCAUUAAAUUACAAUAUUUUACAAUCUUCUGAAUUGUCCUAGCUCUUAACGAACUUUCUCCAUUCCUUCCUAUUGAAUUCCAUCGGUGUUGCUUCCUGCCAAGUCUUACCCUUACUCUGCAGUAUCUGGGAAAUGUCAUUCUUUAAUGGGUCUUUCUCUUUUAUUCUUCCCUAUCGGUUUGGCGUCCCACAGUCUUUUUACUUGUCUAUUAUUGUCCAUCCGGGUUAGAUGUCCGAACCAUGCCAAUUUUUUCUCCUUGAUUGAGUCGAGUAUCGGUUUGAUUUUGAGUCUUUCUCUUAUUUCUUCAUUUCUGAUUCUAUCAGUUCUUUUUACUCCGAUCGUUCUUCUAAGGUAUUUCAUCUCUGUUGCCUGAAUUCUGCUCUGAUGUCUUUUGUUUAAUAUUCAAUUUUCUGCUCCAUAUGUCACCGUAGGUCUAUAUAUUGUUUUGUAUAGUGUCAUCUGGGUCUUUAUUGAUAUUUCUUUGUUAUUAAGGAAUCCUCUAUUUAGUGCUUGGAAUAGCUUUCCUGUGUUUUUCAUUCUGUUGUUAAGAUCGUUCCUAAGUAGUUGUAUGAAUUUGUCUGUAUUAUUUUUUGUUGGUCCAUCAUUACUUCUAUUUGAUCUUCCGUCCCUUGUUUCCUUGAUAUUUUCAUUAUCUGAGUCUUCUCUUUGUUUACGUUUAAGUUGUAUUUGCUUGCUUCUAGGUUCCAUUUCUCUAAGUUGUAUUUCAGUUUUUCUGCUGUUUCCGCAAUUAAUACUAUGUCGUCUGCAAAUAUACACAUCUCAGCGUUUAUCAUUUGCAUUCUGUUCCAACCGAUGCAGUAUUUCUUGAAUUUUUCUUACAUUCUUUCACUAUCUCAUCUAUUACAUUUAUGAAUAGCACUGGGCUGAGACUUCCCCCUUGUCUAACUCCUUGAGUUGUUUCAAAUGGUUCUGACUGUAUAUUUAACAUUCUUACUGUAUUUGUUGUUUUCAUGUAUAUACUCUUUGUUGCUUCUAUCAGUUCUUCACUUACUUCCUUCUUCUUUAGGCUUUCCCAUAUAUCUUUUCUUUUGACUGAGUCGAAUACUUUUUCUCAGAUAUAUUUUUCUUUAAUGCUUUUUCUAUUACUUGUUGCAUGGUGAAUAUAUGGUCUUGUGUGUUGUGUCCUUUCCUGAAUCCACUUUGUACGUCCUCUUAUUUAUGUUCUAUUUCUUUUCUGAUUUUCCUUUCUAUUAUGGUUUCGUAUACUUUUGCUGCUACACAUAGUAGUGAUAUACCUCUAUAGUUCUUACAGUCUCUUGUGUUUCCUUUCUUGUAUAUAGGUAUAAUUACUGCAUUUGUCCAUUCUCUGGGUAUUACUAUUCUCUUCCCACUAGUGUUUUAAAGGUCCGGAAAAAUCGUUUUUUUUUUCAAAAAAAACUGUCGGUUUUUUUCGUUUUUUUUUCGAAGGUCCGGAAAAGAAACCAAAAAAGUUGAUUGAAAUGAGGUUGUUUUUGAAAGAGUGAUGUAUAAAAUAAAAUUCUUUUUAAAGACAGAUCACAUGCUACGAUUUUUUUGCGACGGAUAUUCUUGAGUUGGGAUUGAUUUCAUGUAAUCGAAUGAACUAUCUUUUAGUAAAGUCGUCCCAGGAACGCAACUCAUAAAUAUUGGCGAUAUCAUUUUAAAGUCGUCUACUUUAAAAUGUAUAAUUAUACGUCUGAAUUGCCAAUAUAAAUGAGUCAGAUUAAAUAAAUUAUUAGAAGAAUUUUUUUACUUAGCAACAACAUUUUUGUUUAUUUUAGUAGUAUUUUGUAUUUUGACAACGAAACCCGAUUUGGGCUUCGAAACGUUAAUAAAUUCAUUUUUUUAGCAAAAUUGUGGCUUAUUUCCCAUAGAAAAUACUUAAUUAUAAAAAUGCCACAAGGAAAUAGCUUCAUAACAACAUAUAAAAUAAAAAUUAAACAAUAACAAAAUAUAUAUUCUCUCAAGUAAUACAAAAUAAAAUUAUCAAUAUUCGUAUAAACAAAACAAAUAUAACGAAAUAUAUAUUCUUUUCAUUAAAACAAAAUCAAACCAAUAAUUGCAUUAACUUGAAAGCAAAAUAAAAUACUGUUUCUAAA